AUGGUGAAUUCGACGUCGCGAUCAGCUAACGCAUGCGAGGCAUGUCGCCGACGCAAGGUGAAAUGCUCCGGCGACCAGCCCUGUCGAGCGUGCUUGAAACAUAAAUGGGACUGCAACUUCGGUCAUUCAGGUCGAAAACGGUUCUCCGAAGCUCAGGUGCAGAAUCUCCUAGAGAAGAUCCGCGUUUAUGAGGAGCGACUUGCAGAUAAACCCCCCGGGACGUCGUCUCUUUCCCCGGAUGCUGCCGGCUCAGGGCCGAGUCGUGUGCCCCAGCAAGCCGAGGUCGAGACGCCGGCCAACAGUGGGCCCAGAAACCAGCCUGGGGAAUUUGGAUACGAUGGGAGUGUCGAUGGAAUCAGUCCCGCAACGGAUCUUACCUCGGGACCAGCAUUUGAAACCCAAGUCAAAUCCCUCCUCGACCGAUCGCAGUCAAGAAUAUUUUCCGCACGAGAUCAUCCCAGAGGCCGAGGGCAACAAAACUUACCGUCACAAUGGGCGGCAGUGGACCCGCUGCUUGAAAACAAAGACGAGUCAUUGCCUUCACUAGAGCAGUCACAGCAUCUACUCGACCAGUUCCUCUUCUACCUGGGAGUUAGCCAGCACUUUUUUGACUCUCGAACUUUCUCAGAUUCCCUCAUGUUGCUGUUUCAGUCUCCGUUUACACGAGAAGAAGUGAAGCGAUCGGCCUGGUACACUGAGUAUCUUCUUGUUAUGGCAAUGGCGAAGCUUAUGGACGUGGAAACCCCAUCGCCCCAUCCCCCGGGCUCAACCCUGUUCGCAGAAGCGCUGCGACGACUUCCUCCACUGCACCACCUUGGUGGUGAAGGCAUCAUUGCUGUGGAGAUACUAACUCUCAUCACUACAUACCUGCAAUGGUGCGAUCGAAAGCACGAUGCAUAUCUUUAUAUCGGACUUGCACUAAGACUGGCCAUUGCGCUUGGCUGCAACCUGCCAGAAAACGAGCAAAACUGCCUUCCUUCACAGAGUGCUCAUCGCGUGAGGCUUUGGUGGACUGUAUACAUGCUCGACAGGCGUUUAUCAUCUGGGCUUGGCCUAGCCGCUGGAGCAGACGAGCGGCAGCUUCGCGCUGGUUAUCCUCAGCACGCCGCGGGAUUUCAGUCCCCGGUUGCCCUGACUAUCAAUGUGCGCAUUGCACGUAUAACAGAUGAAAUAAUGUCCUCCUUAUAUGGAAAUGCAGCAAUCACGCAACUUGACCUGGUCAGGAAAAUCCAGGCCAUUCUGCAAGAGCUGUAUGAAAUUGGACGAUCCUUUCCACAGUCGCUAGUCUUGGAUUUCAAUCGACCUCUGGGGACAGUGACCCGUACAGGCUCGUCACUGUAUUUAAUGCUCUUUCAGGCCAUCAUAUUAUGUACACGACCUAUACUGCUACGAAGUGUCCGCCUAGAAGUUCGAAGACAGCAAACAUCUGAGCCUCCCGAAGCAGUGCCAGAGGUACUUGUGCGUCUAUGCGAAACUUGCAAUGAAGCAGCAGUGCGGAGUCUGGCGAUCCUGCACUCUCUCCAACGCCAGCAAACAAUUCCACGAUAUGGGUUCUUCGAUCUCGAUGCCACAUUCUCCGCUGCAUUUGUUCUCGUCAUGGUCGGCUUCAUAGACAACUCGCAGAACAAACCGCCCGCGGCAUUGAGUCAAGCAUACGACGUCCUACGGUUUCUAUCUCGAUCGGGUAACUCUGCCGCCGAGCAGCGUCUUCAAGAUAUCUCUCAGUCUUGCUCACACGUAUGGCCGGAUCAUAUCUUUGACCGGGCCUCAUCAAGUCCGAACACAUCGCCUCAGUCAAACCUUGUACCACGCCUCGGAGAAGAUCCCACUCUAGAUGCCAACAGAAGGGGAGGCACCAUUGGUCAAACUUCAGUGCCUCCACCAGAUUACAUGGCUGUUUUCCCGGAAAGUCGGCACCGUCUCUACGACGAAAGCCGAUUACUUGAGCCAUGGGUGAAUGCAACUGCGAAUACCGGAUUUGGUAUGCAAGGGGACUGGGAUAUUGAUUUGUCUGGGGAGGCGGAAGAUAUUUAUUCGAGCUUCCAAGAUCCUACUUUACCAUUGACAGGUGUUGAUUAUAUGGAUUGGCUCGAGAUUGAAAAAAUUCUCAACGGCCCUGGGGGAGCGUGA